CUCUCUCCAAAAUCUUCUUUCCUCUCUCAAAAAGAUUUUAUUAAAUAUUAUUCUCUCCUUCUUAUCAAACUUUGAUUCUUCUUCCCUUCUCAAAAAAACUAUAUUCACACUAAUCCUUGUUUUUCUAGCCUGUCUGAUUCAACGAGACACACACACACACACACCUAUUUUUCAGAUGAUAUAAUUUCUAAGAGCUUUUUUCUUUCUUACAAUAAAAACUAAAAAAUGACGUCAUCUGAAGUUUGUUUAAAUAAUAAUAAUAAUAAUGAAGGAGCUGCUGAUUCAUGUCACGUUGAUGCUGAUAUAGCUUUGUAUAAGGAUCUAUGGCGAGCUUGUGCCGGUCCUUUAGUUUCUGUUCCUCGCGAAAACGACCUCGUUUUUUACUUUCCUCAAGGACAUAUCGAACAGGUAGAGGCAUCUACAAAUCAAGUAGCUGAUCAACAGAUGCCGAUGUAUAACCUUCCGGCUAAAAUACUUUGCCGAGUUGUUAACGUCCAGCUCAGGGCUGAGCCAGAUACAGAUGAAGUGUUUGCACAAAUUACUUUGAUGCCUGAACCAAAUCAAGACGAAAAUGCGGUAAAGAAGGAUCCGGCGCCACCAUCGGAGACGCAGUUUCGUGUGCAUUCGUUUUGCAAGACGUUGACUGCUUCAGAUACUAGUACACAUGGUGGAUUUUCGGUUUUGAGACGUCAUGCCGAUGAAUGUCUUCCUCCGUUGGACAUGUCGAAGCAACCCCCCACACAAGAACUGGUGGCCAAGGAUUUACACGGAAGUGAAUGGCGUUUUAGGCACAUCUUUAGAGGUCAACCACGAAGGCAUCUACUUCAAAGUGGCUGGAGUGUUUUUGUUAGUUCAAAAAGGCUUGUCGCCGGUGAUGCUUUUAUAUUUCUAAGAGGCGAGAAUGGGGAACUUCGUGUCGGGGUAAGACGUGCAAUGAGACAACAAGCAAACAUACCCUCAUCGGUCAUUUCCAGCCAUAGCAUGCACCUUGGAGUCCUUGCAACAGCUUGGCAUGCCGUUCAGACUGGAACAUUGUUUACAGUUUAUUACAAGCCUAGGACUAGCCCCGCCGAGUUUAUUGUUCCAUAUGAUCAAUACAUGGAAUCUGUCAAGAACAAUUACUCGAUUGGGAUGAGAUUUAAUAUGAGGUUUGAGGGCGAAGAGGCUCCAGAGCAAAGAUUUACUGGAACAAUUGUCGGGACUGAAGAGCGUGAUCCACAAAGAUGGCCUGAUUCUAGAUGGAGAUGCUUAAAGGUACGAUGGGAUGAAACUUCCUCCAUUCCUCGUCCAGAGAGAGUUUCUCCGUGGAAAAUAGAACCGGCUCUUGUGCCUCCUGCAAUCAAUCCACUUCCGGUGCACAGACAAAAAAGACCCCGGCCAAGCAUUUUGCCUUCAUCUCCUGAUUCCUCUGUUCUUACCAGAGAAGGACCAACAAAAUUGGCUGCAGCAGACCCUUCACCACCGAGUGCAUUUUCAAGGGUCUUGCAAGGUCAAGAAUUAUCGACCUUGAGAGGGCCAUUUGUGGAUACCACCGAGUCGGAAUCAUGUGAUAGGCCAAUGCAAUGGGUUCCUUCUGUAACAGAAGAUGAAAAAGCUGAAACACUUUCUGUUACUCGACGUUAUGGGCCAGAUAAACUUUUACCUGCUGGGAGGACAACCGAGUCUUCCUAUACGGACCUAUUAUCAGGCUUCGGGUCUACCAAUGGAUCUUCAAGUGAAUUCUCUACACAAUCUGAAGGAAAAUACAACUUGCAUGCUAAUUCGUGGUCCAUUACUCCCUCCAACUUGUCUCUCAGCUUGUUGGGAGGUGGUGCAAAAAGUGGUCAUCAAUCAAGUGAAAUUUCAUACCAGACAAGAGAUGUUAGGUUUAGUGCUUUUGACGAGUACUCCCCCAAUUCUAAUCAAAGAGGUGGAGAUCUGCCAUACGGGAAAUGGCUGAUGCCACCGCCACUCUCUUCAUAUUUUCAGACGCCUUCUAAAUCUACGUUGGUUAAAGAAAAUGAUGUCAUGAAACCUACAGAGGGAAACUGCAAAAUCUUUGGUGUACCCCUUGCUGGUAAUAUAAAUGCAUCAGAUGUACAUCAAGGGUUGCAAUCACAAAAUUACCUUUCAUUAGAGGCUAGUCCAAGGUCCGAACAAUCAAAGCGCAUGAAAGUGGUCGACAGUUCACCAGAAGGUAAAGAGCAAGAUAAAGAAUUCCAACAUUUCCAGCCGCUUGCGAGGGAUAGUCAGAUAAAAGUCCCAGGCGUUUCUACCAGGAGUUGCACAAAGGUUCACAAGCAAGGGAUGGCUCUUGGUAGGUCUGUUGACCUUACUAAGUUUAACAACUACGAUGAACUGAUCUCUGAAUUAGACAAGUUAUUUGAAUUCAAUGGUGAAUUAAAGAGCCGCAACAAGAGUUGGUUAGUAGUAUAUACCGAUGAUGAAGGGGACAUGAUGCUUGUUGGAGAUGAUCCAUGGCAGGAGUUUUGUGCCAUGGUUCGAAAGAUUUUCAUUUACACUAGAGAGGAGGUUCAACGAAUGAAUCCUGGGACCCUGAAUUCAAGAGAUGAGGACAUUUCAUCAGCUGCAGAAGGCAUGGAUGAAAAGGACCCGAGGAAAAAUGAAACUCAUGAACGUUGAUUCACAUAAUUAGGUCGAUGAUGUAGGCGAAUUAGAGACUGUGCAGCUCGGAACAACUGAAAUAAAAUAUUUCAAGUUGCAUGGAGGUGGUUCAACUUCUUGGUAAUAUAAUAUUUUCAAUUUUGGACGUUUGGGGCAAAUAUAUUGAUAUGUAGCCCUUACAUAUACAUAAACGUAACUAAGUAUUGAGAGCUCAACUCUAUAUCGAUGGUCUCAAUUCGUAUUAUCAUGUACAUAGUCUACAUUCCAGUUUUUGUAUGCUUGUCACAAGUUAUAUGUGAAUGAAAGAUUCGAUUGGCUUA